AUGCAAGCCCCUAUGGCCACAUUACCUCUUCAGGUGGAAGCAGCUUAUGGUCCUUCAUCUCUGUAUUCCCAAGUAGUGGAGAAACCACCAGCCCCGCGUCGGCCUCUCGGAGACUGGGAGCGCUCGCGCCGGGAGGCCUCGGUCCCCAGCGGCGGCGCGCGGAGGUGCCAGCCGGGCCUCGCCCCGGGCGUCGCUCGUGCCACAGGCGCCCUCCACCUGUGCCAUGGGCGGGUGGCCGCCCUCGCUUACUCGAGGAGAGAGCUAAGCCUCUCUGCUGGAUACCUGCAGCUGGGGCGCAAAUGCCAAGAUUUCACCUCUUCUGCAAGUAGAAAGCUCUACUUUGAUACCCAUGCCUUAGUGUGUUUACUCGAAGAAAAUGGGUUUACUACUCAACAAGCAGAAAUCAUUGUAUCUGCACUGGUCAAGAUCACAGAGGCCAACAUGGAUAUCAUCUACAAAGACAUGGUCACGAAGGUGCAACAGGAGAUCACUCUUCAGCAAAUAAUGUCUCAGAUUGCCAGUGUCAAAAAAGAUAUGAUUAUUUUGGAGAAGAGUGAAUUUUCAGCCCUCAGAGCAGAAAAUGAGAAAGUAAAGCUUGAACUACAUCGGUUAAAACAACAAGUAAUGGAUGAAGUGAUGAAAGUCCGAACAGAUACCAAAUUAGACUUCAAUCUAGAAAAGAGCAGAGUAAAAGAAUUGUAUUCUUUAAACGAAAGGAAGCUGCUGGAAAUGAGGACAGAAAUGGUGGCAUUGCAUGCCCAGCAAGAUCGGGCGGUCACCCAGACAGACAGGAAGAUAGACACUGAGGUUGCUGGUCUCAAAACUAUGCUCGAGUCGCACAAGCUUGAUAAUAUUAAAUAUUUAGCAGGGUCUGUAUUUACGUGUCUAACAGUAGCUCUGGGAUUUUAUCGCCUGUGGAUAUAAUAAAGUUUCUAUUUAAAGAGCUCUCUAUUGUUCUGCCUAAAGAAUACAAAAAUGUUGUGCUUUUUUUUCCCCUUGUUUUAAAUUUUAACCCUGAUUUUUUAAUGCAUAUUAUUUAUUUUAUGCAAAUUAUGGACAUGUAACCAAGACAGAAGUCAGAAAUUUCAUAAUUGCUCUUUUAUCUUUUCUGUUUAGUUGACUUUAUAAUACUGAGUGGGAGUGGACAAAGCAUGGAAGACCACUCAGCUGGAUCAGUAAACUUGGUCUAACUGUGGCACAUUCCAACAGUAAAUAUUUGUAUUACUCUCUACAAUUUUAAAUAUUUUGUCACAUGGAGAAUUUGGGGUCUCCAUUUAAAAGGAACAUUGGUUUUACUAAGUGCUGAAGAAUCAUUGAAACUAAACCUAGAGCACCAAAUCCUCGUUACCUGCUGACCCAGUCCUUAACGUCAGCCAGCCAGUCACUGUGUUAGAGUGUUGUUUCAGCUCUAGUUGGUUGAUAUGUUAAUGAUAUAGCUGUACUUUAUGUCAAAAGGAGACUUUUUAAAAAUUUUCCAUCGUCUUAGUAAGUUACUGUCAUGGUUAUUUUUCAUGUGCCUUCCAUCUAGAAAAUCUUGUUGCUUAAUGAAGUGUAAUUGUAAUGAGGACUCUUGUACCUCUAGAUUUCUCUUCCUCCCUCACAGUUUGAGAGCCAUAAUAAUACUCCACUUGUGGCACUGCCUUUCUAGAAGACUUGCUAAUUCUAAGCAUGGAUAUCUGUGGGACAAGGUCUACUUCCUUCUGGUCUUCUUUUUCUACAAGGGAGGCAGUCUGUUUUCCUUCUGUAGCAGUAUCUAGAUAUUUAGAUAGUACAUGUACUUUUUAGAAAAGCCUUUAAUGAAUAUGCCUUUGCCUAUUACAGUCUCAGAUCAUAGACUUUCAAAAUUAGAGAACUGUCAUGCCAAGUAUGUGAAUUUAGGUUGAUUCCUUUGGUCAUUAAAAACAUUCUCAUGCCUACCUUACCUCUAUAUAUUUAAAACAAAUUAAUUCCUAGAUACAACUGGGGUUGUUUUGAGGAAGCACAUUCUCAUCUUAUUUGUAUGGCACAUGGGAGAAAAUAAGCAUUUUAGAAACGAUGACCCUUUCUAUCUUUCUCCACAUGCAUGCAUGUAUAUAUAACCUGGUACAGUGUGAAACCACCGAUCAAACUGGCACAAUACCCGAUGCUACUGUUCCAACCACACUGCCAAAAAAGUUGCCUUUUGUCCUUUGGAUGUCAUUUUUAAACUUUGGAAAGUAUAAGUCAUUACCUUUUUUAAAAAUAUUGAUGUAACACAGAUUCUGAACUCCAAAUAAGUAUAAAAAUUAA